GCACUUUUCAUUGAUACCUCUGUCCUUUACCUCUUUGGGAUUUGACAAGCUCGACUCUGGCUGUGGAUUCUGAUUCCUUUGCAAAUGGGUAUUUCUUCAUAGGAACUGGGUUUCCAGCACUCACUAAGACAGACCUCUGAGUAACUGGGGACUUGGCCUGCCUUGCCUACUGAGCUUGGGGCAGAUCGGAUGGAGAUGAGUUGGUUAUAUUCUAUGAAGUAAUAGCUCACCACCAGCCAGGGUUUAAACUACUUUUGCAGCAUCACUUCACCUGUGGACUCUUCUAAAUUUUGCUUCCUUGGGGGAAAAAAAAAAAAAACUGGGGUGAGAGAAGGUCGUUUUUAACAAGUUAGCAUCCUUCUCCCUCUUUGAUAAGUUGAUGCAAAGGAUAAGGCUGUGACUCCACUGGAUUUCACCUUCAAAUCAGAAUAGGAGAAGAGCAAGAAGAAAGGGACAAUGGCUUUAAGUGGAAACUGUAGUCGUUAUUAUCCUCGAGAACAGGGGGCUGCAGUUCCCAACUCCUUCCCUGAGGUCGUGGAGCUGAAUGUCGGGGGUCAAGUUUAUUUCACCCGCCAUUCCACAUUAAUAAGCAUCCCUCAUUCCCUCCUGUGGAAAAUGUUUUCCCCAAAGAGAGACACGGCUAACGAUCUAGCCAAGGACUCCAAAGGAAGGUUUUUCAUUGACAGAGAUGGAUUCUUGUUCCGUUAUAUUCUGGACUAUCUCAGGGACAGGCAGGUGGUCCUGCCUGAUCACUUUCCAGAAAGGGGAAGACUGAAAAGGGAAGCUGAGUACUUCCAGCUCCCAGACUUGGUCAAACUCCUGACCCCUGAUGAAAUCAAGCAAAGCCCGGACGAAUUCUGCCACAGUGACUUUGAAGAUGCCUCUCAAGGAAGCGACACGAGAAUCUGCCCUCCUUCCUCAGUGCUCCCUGCGGACCGCAAAUGGGGCUUCAUUACAGUGGGCUACAGGGGGUCCUGCACUAUGGGCAGAGAAGGGCAGGCAGAUGCCAAGUUUCGGAGAGUUCCCCGGAUUUUGGUUUGCGGAAGGAUUUCCUUGGCAAAAGAGGUCUUUGGAGAAACUUUGAAUGAGAGCAGAGACCCUGACCGAGCCCCAGAAAGAUACACCUCCAGAUUUUAUCUCAAAUUCAAGCAUCUGGAAAGGGCUUUUGAUAUGUUGUCAGAGUGUGGAUUCCACAUGGUGGCCUGUAACUCCUCAGUGACAGCAUCUUUUGUCAACCAGUAUACAGAUGACAAGAUCUGGUCAAGCUACACUGAAUAUGUCUUCUACCGUGAGCCUUCGAGGUGGUCACCCUCCCACUGCGACUGCUGCUGCAAGAACGCCACAGGUGACAAAGACGGGGAGAGCGGCACGUCUUGCAACGACCUCUCCACGUCCAGCUGCGACAGCCAGUCUGAGGCCAGCUCUCCCCAGGAGACGGUCAUCUGUGGGCCUGUGACACGCCAGACCAACAUCCAGACUCUGGACCGUCCCAUCAAGAAGGGCCCCGUGCAGCUGGUCCAGCAGUCCGAGAUGCGGCGGAAAAGUGAUCUGCUCCGGACUCUGACUUCGGGCUCCAGGGAGUCGAACAUGAGCAGCAAAAAAAAAGCUGUUAAGGAAAAGCUCUCAAUUGAGGAAGAGCUGGAGAAAUGCAUCCAGGAUUUCCUAAAGAUCAAAAUCCCAGACCGGUUCCCGGAGAGAAAACAUCCUUGGCAAUCUGAACUUUUACGGAAGUAUCAUCUAUAGGGGAGGGCCGGGGGUGGGAGAAGAAACGAGUCAUGUCACCAUUUGGAAAUAAAGCUCCUAACGAAAUUCAUAUUUGAAAAGGAAAGUAACAACUAACAAUACGUUUGUUAGAACACAGUAGCCCAUUGAUAUACUACUGCCUAUUUACCUAGUUCACCUUAACAUUUAAAUCCACAGGGUAGAUUUCUUUCCAGAUGUGGAAUGAUAAGAAAAUCUCUUUUUGGUUCCUUGUUUGUUUGUUAACUGGAUACCACAUGCUGAGUAUCUUAUGUAUAAUGAGAACCGGCUACGGAAGAGUAGCUGAGAGGCUUUGGGAGUCCUUUAUCCCAAACUGGGUUUUUCUCUCAUCUUCUACCUCCCUCCUCUGAAUGAGAAUGUGGUAGAAAGAGAUCUGGCCCAAUGGCAUAUAUCUGGGUUUUUUUAAUUUUCCUUUUCCCUUUUGUUCAUGGGGUAAGGGGGGAAAAGGCAGAUUUAUAUGACUUUUCACUCAAAUCUAUCAUGUGCCAGUUUAUAUUGAUGCUGUAUGCAUGAGUAUUUGUGCGACAGAAGCACAACGAUGUCUGUACAUACACCCAGUGCACGUGUCCCCUGGGCCUGGGCAUCUUAAAGGGAACACCCCUGCUCCCAGCAGCACUCUCGUCGACUAAUUGAGGCACAGAUGAGCCUCUGCUCCUUUCUUUAAAACCCUUCUGGGAAGAUUUCCCAGCCUCUCUUGGCAACACUUUCCAACAUCGAGUAACCCUGGUCAACAACAAAUUGUCUUCCUUAUUUUGAAAUUAACACCCUCAGGCUCCAUUUUACAGUUUUGCUCUUUCUCUGCACUAGGAGAGGGUGAGAAGAGCUCACUAAAACAUUCUUUGUAUUAAAGAAACAAACAUUCGUAUCCACAAAAAUUAUGACUCAGUGACCCCACACUCAGCCGUCUCUACCCUGGGCUGAGUUACCUUCCUUCUCUCAAUGUUUUCAGAGUACUUACUGCCCAUGUUUUAGUGUAGCCUUUUCAUGUGACCCACAUUCAGUUCUCGGUGUUCCUGUGUA